UGUGUAUAUAUGCAUAGCAUAACUAACAAGGUGUAGCUCUUUAGGAUUGAUAAACUUUAACACAUUAAACAUGGAAGACAUAACACCUGAUGAAAUCGCACCAACUCAAAUACACGCGGAAUUGGAAAAUGGAACUUCUGAAGAAUAUACGCUGGAUGAUACAUCAUUCAUGCUACCGACUAAUAUCGAUAGAGCAGGCCUAUCCAGAAUGAUCAACGAUAUGCUUAAUCUGGAGAAACAUGUGGCGUUUGAUAUAUUGUUCAAAGACGAACCCCUGAGAACAUCACUGGCUGAAAAAUUGCAAGAACAUGGCGUAAAAUCAGAAACUACCAUAAAGCUGGUAUAUAUACUGGCAAUUACUGAACCUGAGUUAACUGAAGUGGACAACAUGGGCGAUUGGAUAACAGGUAUCGCUGUUACGAACGAUAGAAAACAUUUUGCCACCGCGUGCUACGAGGGUCAAGUGGCGCUGUUCACUUCACAAGGAACAGAAAAAAUCGGUGAUUUUAAAUUAGAGCAAACAUCAUCUAUUGGUAUAUAUUCUGAUCCGGGACUUGAUAAACAUGUGGAAUUAGUAUGUGGGCACAUGGACGGUAAAAUGGAUGUGUAUUUCAUAGAUACUAGAAAACCUCAGCUACCAAGCGCUACGGCCACUAGUGAUGCAGACGAUGAUACAGUAAAAGCAAUCGCUUUAGACAACAAAGGGCAGUACAUUGCCGCCGCGGGGCACUCAAAGAUCAUUUAUGUCUAUAAUAAUCAAACAAUCGUUGACGCUUUUACUAAUGUCAAGAAAACAACAUCAUCUCGUUCUAAGAGGGCCAUUGAAACUAAUACUAUAGAGCCAAUAUUCUCUUUCCAGAAGCAUAAUAGCACUGUAACAUCACUUAAAUUCCUGGAUAUAAGUGAGCCGCUAUUGCUGUCAGCGGCAAUAGAUGGACAAAUCGCAAUAUGGAGUAUAAAGUCAGGAGCUGCAUUAACCGCAUUCGCAUGUGGCAGGGCAAUAACAUGCAUUGAUAUCAGCAAUACCUACGACCUUGUCUACACAGGGCAUGAAGAAGGUACAAUAGCUAUAUGGGAAUUAAGAGAUAAAUCAACUGGCAAUGUGCCAAAACACACCGAAGAUAUACCAAAUUGCAAUUUGUCAAGAAAAUCAUCGACACUCAUGUUUGAUCGGUUGACCACCGGGAUAAUAACUAAUCCCAAACAUGAAAACAUAGUGGCUGCAGUAUCGCUAGAUGGAAAUGCAGCACUAAUCGAUAGAAGGUACAUCAAAAUACCGCUACAAACAGUGUCAUUCAAGAACCAGGAUGAACCAGACAGAUGUACUGGAGCACAUUGGACUACAUCCCAAGAACUAAUGUGCACAACCGCCGCCGGAAAAAUACAUAAAAUCAUAUUCAAAGAACUGGAAUAAUAUU